UUAUCCGAAAGUAUAUUAUUACGAUAGGAAUUCAUUUUACACACACACAAUUUUCCUUAAAAAUCUCAAAAGUUGCAGAUAUUUUUUUUAAAUCCAGCACGAUAAGCAUGUCAUUAGAGAGUGAAAUUGUUGAUCUUUCUCCAGCCGAACAUCAAGAAUUAGUGAAAUAUGACAGUUGCUCUUUUGGAUUUCUGAAGUUAGAUAAACUAGAGGAGGCUGCCACGAAAAGUCUUUUAGAAAAGGGUGUGCAGUUUUAUGAAUCUGUGAUCAAAGCUGCUGUAAAAAAAUCAAAGAAGGACAACAAUAUUGAAAAACCAAAAGUUGAAGCGGCCAUCUUCUGCAGACUAGGUCAUCUUCUUCUCUUGCUGGAGCAAUAUGAAAAAGCUCUGUCAGCUUACCAGAAGUAUUACCAGCUAGAAGAAAAUCAUUGGAAGAAUGGCCCUUUCCUAUAUGGUCUUGGAUUUGUAUACUUUCAUUUCAAUGCAUACCAGCUAGCUACACGAGCAUUCCAGCAAGUAUUGUAUACAGAUCCUGGUUUUAGUCGCGCAAAUGAGAUACAUAUACGUCUUGGUUUCAUCUUUAAAAUAGGAAAAGAUUUUGAUAAAAGCUUGAAGCAUUUCAGACAUGCUCUCUCUGACUCCAGUGAUUGCUCAUUGACAAAAGCUCAAAUCAAACUUCACAUUGCCCACCUUUAUGAAGUGCAGGGAAAAUAUAAACAGGCAGUAGAAGCAUAUGAACAGUUCAUCAGUUGUGAGGACAGCAGUGAGGACACAUAUAAAGCUACAGCAAACAAACAACUCGGUUGGUUAUAUCACACAGUAAAUUGUUUAGGAGAAAAAUCAGUAAGAGAAGAAUCAGCUAUAAAAUAUCUGCAGGAGUCUCUGAAAAACGAUAAAUCAAACGGACAAACCUGGUACCUUCUUGGCAGGUGUUUCUCCAGUCUGGGAAAAGUUCAUGAUGCAUUUGUGUCGUAUCGUAACUCCAUCGAUAAAUCAGAGGCCAGUGCUGAUACCUGGUGCUCUAUAGGGGUUCUCUAUCAACAACAGAAUCAGCCUAUGGAUGCAUUGCAGGCUUACAUCUGUGCUGUGCAACUUGACAAAUCACAUUCUGCAGCUUGGACAGACCUUGGAUUGCUGUAUGAAACGUGUAACCAGCCUAAAGAUGCUCUGACAUGCUACAUCAAUGCAACUAAGACUUCUAAAGGAGGUAUAGUUAGUCCUAGUCUGAACGGGAAAAUCAAGUUUCUACAGCAACAUCUCUCAAAGAUUCCCAUGCAGCAUCUGCAAAACAAACCAAAGACAUUGCCUAGCAUUGAAGAAGCUUGGGCUCUUCCCAUACCUGCUGAGUUAACCUCUAGACAAGGCUCAGGGACCCCACAUGCGAUUCAGAAAUCACCUUUGAUGCCGCAGUCCGGAGGGGCAAGUCCAUCAUCAGGACAACAAAACUUUGGUGGUCAAGGUUCAGUGCUGGAAGACAAAAAAAAGAAAAUGCAGCCUAGGAAAAGGCCAUCAUCAGAAUUGCUGGACACUUCCCCAACAUCCCAACCAGGGCCUCCGCAAUUACUUUCACCACACCAGUUACAAAUUCUCCAUCAGUUACAACAAAAUCAGGCUAACCUUGACCCUGCACGACGACAGUUACUACAGGAUUUACAACACCAGGUGUAUUUACAACAACAGCAUGCAAAAAUGCAAAUGCUCAAUCAACAGGGCCAGGGUCAGAUAUCGGGAAACCCCUCCCAAUCUGCAGGGAUAUUUAGCCCCCGGCCCCAAGUUGGAUCUCAGUCCCAGCAGCCUUUUUCUACGCUGGGAACCAGUGCCGAAAUAAGGGGAAGCAACCCCGAUUCUCAGGGACAUUUGCCAUCAAACAUUGAAAGAUUCUCACAGUUUCAUCCUAGCACAAGUGGGAAUUACACAAGUUCACCAUUAAAAGGACCACCAUUACCAUCUGGGUUGGACCCAGGACGUUCUCAAGGUCAAAUCCAUGGUAACAUUCCAUACUCGUCAACAUUGUCUCAGGGUACAGAAGGUGACACUAAUAUAUCAAAAUCAUUAGAUAGUGCACAUACUGUAAAUGAAAAAGAUAUAACAGAUGUUUUGUCACGGCCUGAUCUUGCUUCCUCAAUUGCAGAGGACUUACUGAAACAGUUUUCUCAGACUGGUGACCAAACUCACGGUCAGCUAGGAGAUCGACUCGCACAUAGUGAUAUCCAUUCUAGUCAAAAUAAAGCUUCGACAGACUUGAGAACAGGUGAAAGUAGUUCUGAAGGUGUAGGGAUACAUUCCAGUUCAUCUCAGGAUUUUAAUCUAAAUGCGCCAAGUAUAGAAAAGAUGCUGAAAUUGGACAGUGAAGUCAUAAAAUGUGAUACAGAAUCUGCUAAAUAUGGUUCUCUUCCAAAGCUAAAUAUCCAUAUGUCAGGAGAACAGAUUUUACGGGCUUGCAAAGCUCUCGGUAAAUCUGGUAUAACAACAAGUGUAUUAGGCGACAGACCCCCACCACGGCCACCCAGCCCACCCAGACCACCUCUACCUAAAGAUCAACUAAAUCCCCCAACACCUAGUGUUUAUCUUGAGUUUAAGAAAGAUGCAUUCUCACCAGAACUGCAGCAGUAUUGUCAGUCACAACCUGUUGUUGUCAUCAGGGGCAUGGCAGGUGCUCUCAAACUUGACUUAGGUUUAUUUUCCACAAAGAGUCUUGUAGAAGCGAAUGCUGAGCAUGCAGUGGAGGUUCGGACCCAGAAGAUGCAGGCCCCAGAUGAAAAUAGGGACCAGUUUGGCAAUAAAGUGUGGUACUGUAACAGUACUAGGAACCACACAACUAUAGCUAAAUACGCUCAGUACCAGGCAGCAAGUUUCCAAGAAUCACUAAGGGAAGAGCAAGAGAAAGCGAAGGGGAUCUUCAAGGAAUCAGACAGUGAUUCAAACUCUUCUAUUUCAUCUAAACACAGAAAGAAACCGAAAAUGAUUAAAUUUGGAACCAAUGUUGACCUAUCUGACCAUAAGAAAUGGGAAACACAGCUGAAAGAGUUGGCUAAGUUGCCUGCAUUUUGCAGACUGGUUUCAGGAAGUAAUCUUCUCAGCCAUGUUGGCCACACAAUUCUGGGAAUGAACACUGUGCAGCUAUAUAUGAAAGUGCCGGGAUCUAGAACUCCGGGUCACCAAGAAAACAACAGUUUUUGUUCAGUGAACAUUAACAUUGGACCUGGAGAUACAGAGUGGUUUGGUGUACCUGAACAGUAUUGGGGAGUAAUUCAUAACAUGUGUGAAAGGAAUGGAGUAGACUAUUUAUCUGGAUCUUGGUGGCCGGUUCUUGAAGAUUUGUAUGAGGAAGAUGUUCCAGUUUACCGCUUCAUACAGAAACCAGGUGAUCUUGUCUGGGUUGGAACUGGAUGUGUACACUGGGUACAAGCUAUUGGAUGGUGCAACAAUAUUGCCUGGAAUGUUGGACCAAUGACAGCUCGCCAGGUUCAGUCAGGUCUUGAGAGAUACGAAUUCAACAAACUGCAAAACUACAAAUCCAUUGUCCCCAUGCUCCACCUGGUCUGGAGUAUAGCUAAAAAUAUCAAAGCUUCCGAUCAAAAAAUGUUUGAGAUCAUUAAAACAACGCUGUUGAAUUCUUUGCGCCAAGUGCAGCUUACCAUGGAUUUUGUGGAGGCUAUGGGACAUGAGAUCAAGUGGCAUGGUCGAGUUGAAGGUGAAGCUGCUCACUACUGUAACGUGUGUGAGGUUGAAGUUUUUAAUAUCCUGUUUGUAAAAGAACAAGAUAGCAAGUUUGUUGUGCACUGUCAGGACUGCGCGAAGAAAAUCCACCAUAGGCUCGAAGGCUUUGUUGUACUGAAUCAGUAUCGUCUGGAAGAUCUCAUAAAUAUAUAUGACAAUUACACUUUCAGGACAGCUCCACUAUCCCUGACCUGAUGUGACAGCACCUGAAACAAAUGUUACUGUGUAAUACUGGAGACAUGCCACAUCAUCUAAACAGUUUACCAUCAAGAGAUUAUAAGAUCAUAUACAGGAAUUAUAUAUUUACAUCACUGGGUAGUCAGAUAUGAAAUAUAUAUACAUCAGCAUUUUAUACUCAUCGAAUUCAUGAAAUAAGCGCCUGUGAUUGACAAUUUUUAAUUUUUGUUCAGGUUUUAAAAGAUGUUUAGGACACAUUUAAAUUACUUCAUAUUUUAACAGUAUUUAAUCUGCAGUAUGUGAUGUAUUAUUCAUUGAUCAAUCUGUAGUGCAUGUAUGAUGUAUCAUUCAUUGAUCAAGCUGCAGUACAUGAUGUAUCAUUCAUUGAUCAAGCUGCAGUACAUGAUGUAUCAUUCAUUGAUCAAGCUGCAGUACAUGAUGUAUCAUUCAUUGAUCAAGCUGCAGUACAUGAUGUAUCAUUCAUUGAUCAAGCUGCAGUACAUGAUGUAUCAUUCAUUGAUCAAGCUGCAGUACAUGAUGUUUCAUUCAUUGAUCAAGCUGCUUGACAGGAAACACUGCCACAUGGUAUUUUGUUAUUUAAUGAGAAAAUUCUAUCUAAGAUCCUUCUAAUGUAAUAUGUACAUUGCAUAAACAGGUUAGUUAUUAAGGAUAUAUAGCAGUAAUUCGGUCAAAAAUGUGUUUCCAUGGUGUAAUCUAAAAAAGUCCCUAAUGAAUAGGUCCUAAUUUUUCCAUUUUUAGCACAUUUGCACGUAAACCGGGGGCCACAUGGGCAUUUUUUUCAUUCAUGGAAUGUAUUUUAUAUAAUACACUUUUUACAUGCUUAUAUUUGCAUGUUUUCAAGUUGUUUACUCGAAAACAAAAGUAGGGUGUUUAUUCUGCAGACCUCUUUCUGAAAUGUAGCAACUACGUUGAUCUGAAGUAGCUGAAUUUUAUAUGAAACAAAGAACAAUUUCUUUUAUUGGUAUAUAACUUGAUACUGAACUAUACAUGCAUUACGUCUGGAAGUGACACUGGUUGACAUUAUAUUGCUAGAUUAUUAGCUAACCUGGGUCCAAAGGACCUUGGUGAAGUAUUGGGAGCAUGUAGUUUUUUGCUUGUCAAUACAUACAUCAAUAUUUUCUUCAAACAACUUGUACUUUUGAUUUCGACAACAAUUCUAAGGAAUUAGAUCAGAUUUGGCUGGAAACAUGCUCAAGUAAUAAGGAUUCUGAGUUCUACAAAUGGUGGCACUGACAGCCCCUUAUGGCCAAAAGUGGUGCACGUAAGAGGUAAUAAAGAUUCUCUUACAACAGCUUGUUCUUAUUCAAGAACUAUUUGAUCAUUUCAUACAAAAUUGCUUGAAGCAUCUUGUAGAUGUAGGAUGUUGGAUAGUAAAAUUGGAAAGUGGAACUUUGCACAUUUACAUUUGAUAAAUAUAUUUUUCUUGUUAAAAGGCUAAUGACAAAUCAGGAUCUUACGGAAUUUCCAUUGAUAUCUUUCUAAGGAUAAAUCAAUCAUGAGACGUAAAAAAAAUAUUUCAAACAGUGUCAAAUUAAAUUGAAAAAUGAACAGGUAAUCAGUACUUGCCCUCGUGGCAUCUUGUUUUAGAUGUAAACACACUUGUAUUCAUUGAUAUAACAAACUAAAGCUUUAUCAUCUUAAAUGUGUUUGUAGAUUUAAUAUAUGACCUUGGUGUGAAAGACCCGGCUGUUUGAAUUGUCUGUUUUUUCAACUGUCGCAUUUUUCUUGUGCAUCAACUCCUCCUGCAGUAAAUGUGUGCAUAUUCUUGGGAAUUUCAGGACCAUAUAUAUUCUUGAGUUAUUCCUUCUUUUUUGGAAUUCACAAUAUUACAACUACAUUUGUGCCUUGUGUACUCGUCAUCUACAGUUUUCAUCCAGUUAAAUUGAAACUUGGUAUAAAUUAUCAGCUUAAAGCAAAUGUGUGCAUAUUUUUAGUACUUUCAUGUCUAUUUUUUCUUGAGCCCCUUUUAGCACUUGACAAUAUUACACUACAUUUGUACCUUGUGUUUUCAACUCCUACAGUUUAUAUCCAAUUCAAAUGAAAGUUCGUAUAGGUCAUGAACAUGAAGUAGGUGUGCCAGCAGCAUCGGGCAGAUGGCAUCCGCAAGUUGCCUCCUCUCUAAUUUAAACAGUUCAUACCCAAUAUUCACCAAUUUCGAAAACAAUGUAUAUUUGUGUAAUACCUCAGUUCUUAUCAAUAACCAACUAGAUACUCCAAGUCCUUGUAGAGUAAAGGCAGAAUCAUGAAAAUUGACAGUGUUUGGCUUUCUGACUUGAGCAGAUCUUUUCUAUUGUUUACUAAACCUGGUCACAAUAUUUCUAGUCAUAAUAUGUCAGCCAGCUUCAAUAACCGUUGAGAUUGUACCAGUGACCAUGGAGUUAUGGGCCUUGAAUUACUAAAUUAUGGACACCUUACCAUAACCAGCCAGAUAGUCUUUGGUACUCUGGAGUUAUGGUCCUUGAAAUAGUCAGAAUUGAGAAAAAGAAUAAUAAUUAGAGUAUUUUAACAGUCGAAAGUGAUUUGCUGUAAUGAACAUAUAUAAUAUAACUACAUGUAUACCUUAUUUACUCAACUCCUACAGUUUACAUGAAAUUCAAAUAAAACAGUAUUCAUCAUCAAACAUCAAGUGGACAUGUGUAUGUUGUUUUAUUUGCAGUUACUGUUUAAGAGUAAGCCUAUUUUUUAGACUUAAUAUUUUAUCAAGUGUUUUCAGAGGUCAAUUAUCAAACAGUGUGUUAUUCUUUUUUCAUAGAUUUAAUCUUGCUAACACAAGCCAGCUAACACAAGCCAUUUUCUGAGCAUGCUAGAAAAUAAUAUGUUCUCUACUGUUUUAAUGACCUUUUGUUCUAACAUUGUUUUGUUAGCUCACCUGUCACAUAGUGACAAGGUGAGCUUUUGUGAUCACCCUUCGUCCGUCGUCCGUCGUGUGUCCGUGCGUCCGUCCGUCCAUCCGUGCGUCCGUCCGUCAACAAUUUCUUGUCUGCACGAUAGUGGUUUCAUUUAUGAUUUUAUUUUAACCAAACUUGCACACAACUUGUAUCACCAUAAGAUCUCGGUUCCUUUCUUGAACUGGCCAGAUCCCAUUAUGGGUUUCAGAGUUAUGGCCCCUGAAAGGGCCAAAAUCAGCUAUUUUGACCUUGUCUGCACAAUAGCAGCUUUAUUUAUGAUUUGAUUUUUACCAAACUGGCACACAACUUGUAUCACAAUAAGAUCUUGGUUCCUUUCUUGAACUGGCCAGAUCCCAUUAUGGGUUCCAGAGUUAUGGCCCCUGAAAGGGCCAGAAUUAGCUAUUUUGACCUUGUCUGCACAAUAGCAGCUUCAUUUAUGAUUUGAUUUUUACCAAACUGGCACACAACUUCUAUCACUAUAAGAUCUUGGUUCCUUUCUUGAACUGGCUAGAUUCCAUUAUGGGUUCCAGAGUUAUGGCCCCUGAAAGGGCCAGAAAUAGCUAUUUUGACCUUGUCUGCACAAUAGCAGCUUCAUUUAUGAUUUGAAUUUAAUCAAACUUGCACAAAACUUGUGUUGCCAUAAGAUCUCAGUUCCUUUGUUGAACCGGCCAGAUCCCAUAAUGGGUUCCAGAGUUAUGGCCCCUGAAAGGGCCAAAAUUAGCUAUUUUGACCUUGUCUGCACAAUAGCAACUUCAUUUAUGAUUUGAUUUUAACCAAACUUGCACACAACUUGUAUCACCACAAGAUCUUGGUUCCUUACUUGAACUGGCCAGAUUCCAUCAUGGGUUCCAGAGUUAUGGCCCCUUGAAGGUCCAAAAUUGGCUACUUUGGCUUUUGCAGCCAUAUAGAGACUUCAUUUAUGGUUUUAUUUGAUACAAACUUCCAAAAUAUCUUCAACAACAAUAAAUCUUGGAUUCCAUGACAAAUCAGAUCCAAUCGUAGGUUCCAGAGUUAUUUUAUAUCUGAUUACCUCCCCUGAUUGUAGUCAAAAUGGAUUUAUAUCAGUAAGUACUUAUAGGACUUAUUUGAAAUUUUAUUAUUAUCAUUAGCUGGACUGAGUCAAUCAGGGUAGAUAAUUAUGGACUGAUUUUAUGUCAAAUUACCUCCCUUUAUUUCAAAUUAAAAUGGGUAUAUCUCCGUAACUAAUGAAGAUACUGAUCUGAAAUUUCAUUUAUGUCAACAGAUUUAUUUGGCAGUUUCUUCUUUUGUUCACUUACAAUAAUUUUCUUUUUAAUUACUUCCCUUUUACGUUAAUAUAAAUAGCUUAUUUUGAGUAACUUUUUUAUUAUUGGCCGUAGGGAAAAACCGAGACCACUUUUCUGUGGUACAACAUGGAUGGUACCUCCAAUUUUUAGGUGUAUUUUGACAUAUCUAUACCUUGUAAGAAUUUUUUUUUCUUUUUGGUUAAAUUUCUUUCCUUUGUUGUUCCUGUCCUUUGGACUUAGAUAUUUUUUCUGAGGACCUUCUUGGUCCUCAAGUGCAAUGAUAACAGGUGAGCGAUAUAGGGCCAUCAUGGCCCUCUUGUCUUCUGUUUACCUUAAAUGUAAGGCAAUACCAUUGUUGUUACACAUCAGUUUAAACAACUCCAAAGGUGAUAAUAGCAGCUUUUUUAUUUUUAGCUCGACUAUACGAAGUAUAAGGAGAGCUAUCCUACUCGCCCCGGCGUCGGCGUCUUUCCGUGUCCCCACCUUGGUUAAAGUUUUGGUGCACUUUCUCUUUUUUCAACUUAUCUCUGUAAUUACUUGAUGAAAUUGAUUCAAACUUGAAAUACUUAUUCCUCAUCAUCAUCCACAUCAUCUGACAUAAGGGCCAUAACUCUGGCACCAAUAUUUCAUGAAUUAUCCCCCCUUUUCAUUUAGAUUUUCAGGUCAAAGUUUUGAUGCACUUUCACUCUAUCUCUGUUAUUACUGAAUGGAUUUGAUUCAAACUUAAAAUAGUUGUUCAACAUCGUCACCCACAUCAUAUGACACAAGGUGCAUAACUCUGGCACCAUUUUUUAGCUCACCUGAGCAAUGCUCAGGUGAGUUUUUCUGAUCGCUCGAUGUCCAGCGUCUGUCGUCCGUCGUCCGUCGUCUGUCAACAUUUAGCUUGUGUAUGCGAUAGAGGCUGUAUUUUUCAAUUAAUCUUCAUUAUUAUUGGUCAGAAUGAUAACCUUGAUGAAAUCUAGGCCGAGUUCGAAAAUGGGUCAUCUCGGGUCAAAAACUAGGUCACUAGGUCAAAUCAAAGAAAAACCUUGUGUAUGCGAUAGAGGCUGUAUUUUUCAUUUAAUCUUCAUGAAUAUUGGUCAGAAUGAUAACUUUGAUGAAAUCUAGGCCGAGUUCGAAAAUGGGUCAUCUCGGGUCAAAAACUAGGUCACUAGGUCAAAUCAAAGAAAAACCUUGUGUAUGUGAUAGAGGCGGUAUUUUUCAAUCAAUCUUCAUGAAUAUUGGUCAGAAUGAUUACCUUGAUGAAAUCUAAGCCGAGUUCGAAAAUGGGUCAUCUCGGGUCAAAAACUAGGUCACUAGGUCAAAUCAAAGAAAAACCUUGUGUAUGCGAUAGAGGCUGUAUUUUUCAAUUCUUCUUCAUUAAUAUUGGUCAGAAUGAUAACCUUGAUGAAAUCUAGGCCGAGUUCGAAAAUGGGUCAUCUUGGGUCAAAAACUAGGUCACCAGGUCAAAUCAAAGAAAAACCUUGUGUAUGCGAUAGAGGCUGUAUUUUUCAAUUGAUCUUCAUGAAUUUUGGUCAGAAUGAUUGCCUUGAUGAAAUCUAGGCCGAGUUCGAAAAUGGGUCAUCUGGGGUCAAAAACUAGGUCACUAGGUCAAAUCAAAGAAAAACCUUGUGUAUGCGAUAGAGGCGGUAUUUUUCAAUUGAUCUUCAUGAAUUUUGGUCAGAAUGAUUACCUUGAUGAAAUCUAGACAGAGUUCGAAAAUGGGUCAUCUGGGGUCAAAAACUAGGUCACUAGGUCAUAUCACGUAAAAACCUUGUGUAUGCGAUAGAGGCUGUAUUUUUCAAUUGAUCUUCAUGAAUUUUGGUCAGAAUGAUUACCUUGAUGAAAGUUAGACCAAGUUCGAAAAUUGGUCAUCUGGGGUCAAAACUAGCUCACUAGGUCAAAUCAAAGAAAAACCUUGUGUAUGCAAUAGAGGCUGUAUUUUUCAAUUGAUCUUCAUGAAUAUUGGUCAGAAUGAUUGCCUGGAUGAAAUCUAGGCCGAGUUCGAAAAUGGGUCAUCUGGGGUAAAAAACUAGGUCACUAGGUCAAAUCGAAGAAAAACAUUGUGUAUGCAAUAGAGGAUGUAUUUUUCAAUUGAUCUUCAUGAAAAUUGGUCAGAAUGAUUGCCUUGAUGAAAUCUAGGUAGAUUUUGAAUAUGGGUUAUCUGAGGUCAAAAACUAGGUCACUAGGUCAAAUUAAAGAAAAAUCUUGUGUAUGCGAUAGAGACUGUUUUUUUCAAUUGAUUUUUAUGAAAUUUGGUCAGGUUGAUUGCCUUAAUGAAAUCUAGGUCGAAUUUGAAUAUGGGUCAUCUGAGGUCAAAAACUAGGUCACUUGGUCAAAUCAAAGAAAAAACUUCUGUAUGUGAUAGAGGCUGUAUUUUUCAGUUGAUCUUCAUGAAUUUUGGUCAGAAUGAUUGCCUUGAUAAAAUCUAGGUCGAGUUUGAACAUGGGUCAUCUAGGGUCAAAAACUAGGUCAUGUCUAAGAAAAUGCUUGUUUUAUCGCAAGAGACCAAUUUUUUGGUCCAGUCUUAAUGAAAAUUGGUCAGAAUAUUUGUUUCCAUGAAAUCACUAGGUCAAACAUGUUUUACACUGUUAUGGAGUGUUUCUUAGGUGAGCGACCUAGGGCCAUCUUGGCCCUCUUGUUCAUGAAUUAUUCCCCCUUUUUACUUAGAAUUUCAGGUUAAAGUUUUGGUGCACUUUCACUCUGCCUCUGUUAUUACUGAAUGGAUUUGAUAUAUACUUAAAAUAGUUGUUCAGCAUCAUCACCCACAUCAUAUGACACAAGAUGCAUAACUCUGGUACAAUUUUUCAUGAAUUAUUCCCCUUUUUACUUAGAAUUUCAGGUUAAAGUUUUAUGCACUUUCACUCUAUCUCUGUUAUUACUGAAUGGAUCUGAUUCAAACUUAAACAAUUGUUCAACAUCAUUACCCUUAUCAUAUGACACAAGGUGCAUAACUCUGGGACCAAUUUUUCAUGAAUUAUUUCCCCUUUUUACUUAGAAUUUUAGGUUAAAGUUUUGAUGCACUUUCACUCCGUCUCUGUUAUUACUGAAUGGAUUUGAUUCAAACUUAAAAUAGUUGUUUAACAUCAUCACCCACACCAUAUGAUGCAAGGUGCAUAACUUUGGCACCAAUUUUUCAUUAAUUAUUCCCCUUUUUACUUAGAAUUUUAGGUAAAAGUUUUGAUGCACUUUCACUCUGUCUCUGUAAUUACUGAAUGGAUUUGAUUCAAACUUAAAAUAGUUGUUCAACAUCAUCACCCACACUAUAUGACACAAGCUGCAUAACUCUGGCACCAAUAUUUAAUGAAUUAUGCCCCUUUUUGCUUAGGAUAUACUUAUAUAGUGUUUUGAUACAUUUUAUCUUUACCUCUCUUAUUACUUUAAGUUGAUAUUUUUAAGCUAUUGUGCAAUAUUUUCAUCCACAAUUGUAGUCAUUAAACACUCCAGUGACAGCUCUAGUUUCCUCAGAUGUGCCCAGUUUCACAAUCCAGCAUCAAAAUAGUCGAGCGCGCUGUCUCCUGUGACAGCUCUUGUUUAAAUAAUAUCUUGAUUAGUUUUGAAUAUAUCAUAGAAAAAUAUUUUGAUUGGGUAAUUUCAAACAUUUUUGACCUCGCAUGUUUCGGAAAAUUCAAUUUUGACUUUAUUUGUAAAGCUUACAUGAUACUUUGGUUUGAAUUCUGAUUUUACCAGAUUUGUAUGCAGGGAAAAAUACAUUUUGUGCUCCGUUUGGGGAAGCAUGCAGUAAUUGCAGCAGUCGUCCAUUUGUCUUCUGUUAGAUUUCAGAAAAUAGAAAUAGAAAUAUCUUUAAAUGAUUUUUUUCUCUUGAACUGCUUUGCAGAUUUCCAUUUAAUUUGGUUUAUAGCAUCCUUGUAAGAUCCUCCCAUGGGGGCAUUUGAUCUGAUUUAUGUUUGUUUGCUAAACACUGAUGUUACCAUUGAUGAUUCAGUGAGUAAUGUACAUAUAUUCAAGGUCAAAUAGUCAAGGUCACUUAAGCAACUUAAGGCCACAAUGGCCCUCUUGUAUUGGUUUCUGUACAGGACAUAGCUCUGAAAGUACUAAGUAUAAAUCCAUAUAUCUCCCUUUAUUGACUUCAUGGCAGGGUGAGCUUUUGUGAUUGCCCUUCGUCCGUCUGUUUGUCCACAAUUUCUUGUGAACAUGAUAGAGACCACAUUUUGUAAAAAUUUUAAUCAAACUUACACACAACUUGUAUUAGCAUAAUACAGUCAAACUUGUGCUAGCAACCACCCGUGAAUAGCAACCACCUGUCAACAACGACCGGUCUCUGGUCCCCCCAUAGAAAAAAGCUCAUAAAAAUGCCGUGAAUAGCGACCACCUGGCGACCGCGACCAGCGACCGGCCUAAUUCAUUCUCAAGGGCCAUAUUUCCCCCCUAAUAACGACCAAGCUAGACCGUUCCCGCAUGAAAAUAUCUGAAAUCCGCCGAAAUUUCACGACUCGCAUUAUAGCUAACAUAAUAAUUACUGCUUGAUUGAAAAUUUGCAAGUUUGCACCCGCCGAAUUACGACAUAAAACAUAAAGAAAGCAAGAAGCUGUAAAAAUAAUUUUUAUCAGCAUGAUAAUGGCUAACUGAGAAUUGACCCUUCCUCCCAAAUAAAGACCACCUGUGAACAAAGACCACUUUUGCUUGUUCCAAAGAGUGGUCUUUGUUCACAGGUUUGACUGUAUCUUUUUUUCCUUUCGAAAACUUGCCAGAUCCCAUCAUGGGUUCCAGAGUUAUGACCCCUUAAAGGGCCAAAAUUUACUAUUUUUGGCUUGUGAACACAAUAGAGACCACAAUUGCAAUCAACUUUAAUCAGACUUGCUCACAACUUGUAUUAGCAUAAUAUCUCAGUUCCUUUUGAAAACUGGCCAGAUCCCAUCAUGGAUUCCAGAGUUAUGGCCUCUUAAAGGGCCAACAUUUGCUAUUUUGGCUUUUGCAGCCAUAUAGAGACUUCAUUUAUGGUUUGAUUCGAUACAAACUUGCAAAAUAUCUUUAACAACAAUAGAUCUUGGAUUUCAUGAUGAAUCCAUCAGAUCCAAUCAUAGGUUCCAGAGUUACAGCCCGUGAUUGACCCCUUAAAGAGCCAAAAUUUGUUAAUUUUCACCUUGUGAACACGAUAGAAGUGACAUUUUACAUUUGAUUUAUACCACACUUACAACUUAAGUCACAAUAAGAUCUUGGUUCAUUUCGAAAACUGUCUAGAUUGCUUCAUAGGUUCUAGAGUUACUGCUUUUUUCUAUUUUGGUCUUUCAUCCAUCUUGAGGUUUCAUUUAUGCUUUGAUUUGAUACAAACUUGCACAGAAUGUUUAUCUUGAUGACUUCUAGGCCAAGUUCGAAACCAGGUCAUGUGGGGUCAAAAACUAAGUCACCAGGUCAAAUCAAAAGAAAAGCUUGUUAACACCCUAGAGGCAAAAUUUUAUGAUCCUAUCUUCAAGAAACUUGAUCAGAAUGUUUAUCUUGAUGAUUCCUAGGCCAAGUUUGAAACUGGGUCUUGUGGGGUCAAAAACUAGGUCACCUGCGCAAAUCAAAGGAAAAGCUUGCUAACACUCUAGAGGCCAUAUUUAUGACUCUAUCUUCAUGAAAUUUGGUAAGAAUGGUUAUCUUGAUGAUUCCUAGGCAAGUUUGAAACUGGGUCAUAUUGGGUCAAAAACUAGGUCACCACUCAAAUCAAAGGAAGAGCUUGGCCACAUUUAUGACCCUAUCUUCAUGAAACUUGGUCGGAAUAUUUGUCUUAAUGAUUCCAAGGUCAAGUUUAACAGGUGAGCAAUAUAGGGUCAUCAUGACCCUCUUGUUAUGUAAAGUAUUACAUGAUGAAAAAAAUAAUCAAAAUUCUAGCCCAAUCUUAAUGAAAUUUUGUCAGAAUAAUAUAGUAUUCGCAACUUGACCGCGAUGGUUGACCUUAGGCUGAUUGUUCAUAUCAAUUAUUUCAUUGUAGAAAUAAGGGGUGCUUAGGGUAGCCGUGUAUAUUUACAUGGAAUUAGUUUGUAUACAGCGCAGUAUCAAAGUAUGUAUACUUACAUUUGAUCAGUUAAAACUUUCCAAUACACUAAUUUAUAUUUCCAUUUUCUCGUGCAGCUCGUGUUUUAUGUACACUCCUUUUCAAUAAUAGAUUGUGCCUCAUUAUGUGUUAUAAUACAAAGGUCAACCAUCGGGGUCAAGUUGCAUCCACUAUACCCUCAAAAUAAAACCUCACACAAGUUAGUUAUUGGGUCAUCUGGGGUCAAAAUUGAGGUCAAUAGGUCAAUUAAUAGAAAAACCUUGAAAACUCUAGAGGUCAUAUUUUCUGCCUCAUCUUUAUGGAACUUUUUCAGAUUGUCUAUAUGUAAUCGAGGUCACAUUUAAAAUUGGGUUACCAGAGGUUGAAAACUAGGUCAUAAGGAUUAAUGAUAGAAAACCUUGUUAACACUGUAGAGGCCGCAGUUCCUACUUGAUUUUCAUAAAACUUUAUCAGAUUGUCUUUAUGAAAUCUAGGUCAAGUACAAAACUGGAUUAUCUAGGUCAAAAACAAAGUCACUAGGUCAAUUCAUAGAAAGACAUUGUUAACACUCGAAGGGCAACAUUUUCUACUUGAUCUUCAUGAGACUUGAUCAGAAAGUUUGUGUGUUUAAAAGAUAGGAUAACUUUGUAGCUGGGUCACUUGGGAAAAAUUUAGGUCUUAGGGUCAAAUCAUAGAAAAACUUUGUUAACAUUUUAGAUCCCUUUUUUGUCUACUUGAUCAUCAUAAAUAUUUGAAAGAUUUGUUUAAAUGAGGGCAAAUGUCCUGAUGCAAAAUACAGAUAUUACUAUUCAUGGUUCAGUGUGUCAUGUUUAUUCAAGGUCAAAUAAUAAAGUUAAGAUGAGCGACUUUGGGACACUAUGGCUCUCUUGUAUCUUUUUUUUACUAAUUUGAAAAUGAAAUUACAUUAAAUCUUUAAAGUACAGAUAUUAGUAUUUGAAAGCAUUUAACGUUUAUAGGUUUCCAGACUUUUUCAAACUACAUACCUCAUCAUGGAUUAUAUGAUAUAUAGUUAUGAUUUAAAACAUUUUUAUGUUGGUCCGCUCACUUUUGAAUAUGUUGUAUAGACAUGCAGUAUGUUUUGUGAAAAUGUCCCUAGGUGUGGGACAUUAGUAACUUACAAUUUCUUGUUAAUACAGUGGUUUUGUGAUGGAAGUAAUAAGAUUUGAAGUUUUAAAGCAGUUAUGAAGUGAUUGUGAAAGAAUGUGAAAAUUAUGAAAAUAAUAUUGUAGACUUUAGGUGCUUUAUCAUGUUAUACACUUCAGGCCAAAAAACAUUAUCAGGAGAUACAGUAUUGAUGGCAGGGAGGUUUUGUACAAUACCACCAUAUCAUAUAUAGCUGUUAGAACAGAAUAAAUCAGUGAUAGAAAUGCCUAUAGACAUAUAGAAAAUUUAUGUACUGAAAUCAACAAUUGUGUGUUUUAAAGCUUUGUGUCAGUGUUGGACUCUCAUUUGAACACAUUUUUUAUUAAAAUCUUUGUGCCAAAGAUGACUUUGUUGAACACAUUUUAGAUAAAAAGCUUUUUGCCUAAGUUGGAUUUUAGUGUCAUUUAAACACAUCUUAAAAAAUGAAAGGGGAUGGUCAUUAUUUUUCAAUCUUGUUUCAAAAAGCAUAUGUUUAAUACUUCCAGAGAACCGUAGGGGUUCAUGAAGAGCGAUACAGGGAAGUGAAAUUUAGCAGUUGUUGUAGCGCUCUUUAGAUUUAACCUUUGCAGGGAAGUGUUCUGAUCUACUGACUGAGAGUGCAGUGCUUGAUCUCCUGGUGGAGAGUACAAUUUAACAUAAAGUGUCCCCAUCUCCUGACAGAGCAUGCAGUUAAACUGGAAACUGUCCCAAUCCCCUGACUGAGUGUGCAGUUUAACAGGAAUAUGUUCACAUCCCAUGACUGAGCGUGCAGUUCAACAGAAAAAUGUCCCCAUCCCCUGACAGAGUGUGCAGUUUAACAGCAAAAUGUUCCCAUCCCCUGACAGAGUGUGCAGUUUAACAGAAAUAUGUUACCAUCCCCGGACUGAGUGUGCAGUUUAACAGAAAAUGUUCCCAUCCCUUGACUGAUUUGCAGUUAAACAGGAAAAUGUUCCCAUCCCGUGACUGAAUGUGCAGUUUAAUACAAAAAUGUUCCCAUCUCGUGACUGAAUGUGCAGUUUAACACAGAAAUGUUCUCAUCUCAUGACUGAAUGUGCAGUUUAAUACAAAAAUGUUCCCAUCUCAUGACUAAGUGAGCAGUUUUAACACAAAAAUGUUCAUAUCUCGUGACUGAAUGUGCAGUUUAACACAAAAAUGUUCCCAUCUCAUGACUGAAUUUGCAGUUUAACACAAAAAUGUUCCCAUCCCAUGACUGAAUGUGCAGUUUAAUACAAAAAUGUUCCCAUCCCAUGACUGAAUGUGCAGUUAAACAGAAAAUGUUCCCAUCCCGUGACUGAUGUGCAGUUAAGAGUGUGCAGUUUAACACAAAAAUGUUCCCAUCCCCUGACUGAGUAUGCACUUUAACAGGAAAAUGUUCCCAUCUCCUGAUAGAGUGUGCAGUUUAACACAAAAAUGUUCCCAUCCCCUGACUGAGUGUGCAGUUUAAAACAAAAAUGUUCCUAUCCCCUGACUGAGUGUGCACUUGAACAGGAAAAUGUUCCAAUCUCCUAACUUAAUGUACAUUUUAACAGAGAAAAAUUUCCCAUCCUGUGACUGAAUUUUUUGCAGUUUAACACAAAAAUGUUCCCAUCCUGUGACUGAAUUUGCAGUUUAACACAAAAAUGUUCCCAUCUCAUGACUGAAUUUGCAGUUUAACACAAAAAUGUUCCCAUCUCAUGACUGAGUGUGCAGUUUAACACAAAAAUGUUCCCAUCUCAUGACUGAAUUUGCAGUUUAACACAAAAAUGUUCCCAUCCCAUGACUGAAUGUUCAGUUUAAUACAAAAAUGUUCCCAUCCCAUGACUGAAUGUUCCCAUCCACUGACUGAGUGUGCAGUUUAACACAGAAAUGAUCCCAUCCCAUGACAGAGUGUGCUGUUUAAAAGAAAAAUGUUCCCAUCCCCAGUUUAAAAGUGUAGGACAGUAAGCAUUUGUUUGUUGCUUGUCUUUAUAUGACCUUGCUCAAGUGAAAAUCAGAUGGAUGUGAAAAAAUUGCAAAAUCAUGUAUGAAAUAGGCACCUUGCUGUUUGCAGUUGUCAUGAAGUAACGCAGAAACAUGCUAAAGGCAUAGGAAUAUCAAAUAUUAAGUUUACAUAGAUGUAGUAAUCAACAUUACAAUAAACAUAUUAUGUAUAGUAUUGUAUAGAUUUGUUCACAUUCAAAGUAUAUGCCAACAAUGUUUCAUUGUCAUAUAUCAGUUUUUGCUUAUCAUUAUCUUAAAUUGACAACAAAGUCGUCUUAAUACUGUUGCAAGUAAGAUCUCAAUUUUGUAAAUUACAUGUAUCAUAUUUAUUUGAAUUUGUCCUUGUUUUAAGAAACAGUUAUGUAAAGUAGCCUUGUACAUUUUGUUUAAAAGAAAGAAUGAAUGUU